UAUUCACGCGUGCUGAAUGUCUGCCCAGUGCCCACGUCCUGUGUGUGACUGGGGUCUUAGUCAAGAAGGGAGUGGCUAGUCAUAUUUAAGGCAACAGCCGCUGCCAGGCAUUACUCCAGUGCCAGUGAGGCGCCGCGCUCGGUGGACAUGCGGGCUGUACGGUGCGGGGCGCCGCUCAUGACUUAGCGCUGCCGGACCCCUUCUCCCUGGAGCGACCAUGAAGUUUGUGAAGUUGGCGCUCGUCAUUGCGCUACAAGGCUUGAUAGCUGUCACUUGCUCACACGGAGCGGCCAUUGAUCACAAUGAAGUUCUCCACAAGCCGACCAAUGAGCUGGCCGAGCAGGCUGAGCGAGCCGGGGGUAAAGAGAAGCCGCUGGUCGCAGGCGGAAAUCACAUCAUAGCGUCCUCCAGAGCUGCAUAUUCUUCAAACCCUAAAGAUGUGCAAGGGGAAGUUCACAAUAGAAGAAAGAAAGGCAAAGGACGAAAAAGGGAUCCAUGUCAAAGAAAAUACAAGGACUAUUGUAUUCAUGGAACAUGCCGUAUUCUUAAAGUAACAAAGGAGCCCUAUUGUGUGUGCCAAGCAGGAUAUCAUGGAGAAAGAUGCCAUGCACUUACUCUUCCUUUGGGGAAUCCACUAAGUACAUAUGAUCACACAACAGUGUUGGCCGUUGUUGCAGUUGUGCUCUCAUCUUUUUGUUUAAUUGUUAUAUCAUCAUUGUUAAUAUUAAGGUAUCACAGGACGGGAGCUUAUAAUGUGGACAAUGAAAAAAAAAUUAAAUUUGCAAGCCCUACAUGAGGACAUUUCUGGUUACUUAAGGCUGACAAGUUAUAAAUAACUGAUGGACAUGAAUGUUUGGCUCAUGUAAUGAAAAAAUGUUGUACUGGUAAAAUUUCGAACAUGAUUAUCCUUAUAAAAUAGUGUUGUGUUGACCUUAAACCAGUGAGAGGAGGGGUGUUUUAAAAGUAAAGUUUACAUUCUUAUUAAAACAUAGGUAACACUGUUGUUCUGCUUUUUUUUUUUUACUUCUCCUCCACUCUGGGGCAUCAAUAGGAUGAUACAUAAUAGUAGCAGAAAGGUGUAUUGGAUAAAACCGUAAUAUUUGUAUCCACAUGUUUUGUCUGCCUUCAGAGAUUAUCGACUUGGCUUCUUUUGCCAAAAUGCCCAAGGUGCUAUUAUUAUAAGCUAACUGCAUUACAUCCUUCAGUUUUGAAUUUGUGUUUUUCAUUUUAUCAUACACAAUGUCAUGGCUGUCUAACUGGUAACUUUUUUUUUCAAAUACAUCUUCCCAAGCGCAGUGUGUUUAUGGCCUUUAAAUGAAGAACCUUAAUUCAGUUUUCCAUAGAAGCUGUCCUAGGAACAUGUUUAUAUUUAAAAUGGGGUUUUAUUCAUGCGGUAGUAGGGUGGCUAUUGCCCGCUAUCCGUAUAAUAUAAGAUUAGAUUUAAGUAGUUAAUCUGUUUUCCCUUGACAGCAGCACAAUAAUGGGGUAACAUAUCCCCUGUGUAAUUCUCAUUAAAAUUCCAAGGUCCUGGAAGCAAAGAAAAAACACCCUAAGGUAUAUAAGGGUUCCUCCCCCGAGGGAACAGUGAGUAAAUGAUAAAGUAACAAUCAUAGAAACCAUACACAACAAAAUUCAAAUAAGGGCGGUAAUGUUGUGCUGCUUUCAAGACUAAGGGAAAACAGAUUAACUACUUAAAUCUAAUCUUCCCUAGUGUCUUGCCAGCAGCACAAUAAUGGGAUUUAAGUAGCAGUAUCCCUGGGUGGGCUGAUUACAUUAACAGAAUCUAAGACAGAUUUAACAAACUGUGUUUUGUCUGAUAAUAAUAAGUCAAUUUUAUAAUGCUUGAAGAAAGUGUUUGGAGUAGUCCAUGAUGCACUCUGGCAGAUGUGUUCCAGAGGCAGCCCAAGAGGCCGCCGUUGCUCUAGUUCUUGGGUGUUAAACAUGCGGCCCGUGGGCUGAAUGCGGCUCACAAUGAAUAUAUUUGCGGCCCGGACAUCCCUGUGUUCCCGAAAGAUGUUUUAGGGACACAGGGAUGCCCCCGUCAACUCUCAGCGGCCCUGCAUUAAGUUUAAAAACACAGGGGCCGCCGGGAGAUGGCGCACGUGGGGGAACUGUACUGGGCACCUAAUGUGGGGGAACUGUACUGGGCACUUAAUGUGGGGGCCUCUUAUUGACAUUCGCUCACGUCACGCUCCCAGAAUUCAAGGGCCGGCGUUACUACAUCCUUUUUUGGAUGCGCACCACAUAAACUUAAACCUUGUUUUUUUCGGCCCAUGUUAGCCUUUGAGUUUGACAUGCUUGCUCUAGUUGAAUGAGCUUUAGUGAAACUUGGAGGCUCUAGAUCUUGGAUGGAGUAAGAUAUCUUGAUACAGUCGGAGAUCCAUCUAGAAAUACUCGCCUUAGAGGAAGUCCUUCCUUAUUUAUUACCCUGGAAUAGUACAAAUAAAUUAUUUUCUUAACGAAAUGAUUUUGUUCUGUUGACAUAUAUUUGUAGACAUCAAACAUCAUCCAGUGUGGUAUAGUCAAAUUGAGAUAUCUCCUGAGAGGAAGGAAAAUAACGUGGUAAACAUACUACUUGAUUAGUAUUGGUAAUGGAUGGACACUUGGGAAGAAAAGAAGGAAGAAAUCUUAAGAGAACUCUAUCCAAGCGAAAAAGAAAGCUAGCGUUCCUCAGCUGAAAAAGCUUGGAACUCUCCUACUCUUUUGGCAGAUAUUAUAGCCAAAAGAAAAAUAGUCUUAAGGGUAACGUGUUUUAAGGAUACCGCCUCUAGAGGUUCAAAAGGCUGCAGACUUAGUUGUUUUAGUACAAUUAAAAGAUCCCAAGAAGCUAUAGGCUGAACUAUUUUCGGCCUAAGCCUACCUAGAGCUUUAACAAAGUCCUUGACUUCCUGAUGUUGUAAUCAUUUUACCUGGAGGAAGGCUGAAAGAGCAGCUACCUGUACUUGGAUAGUACUAGGAGAUAGGCCCUUAUAGAACCCAUCCUGUAAGAAGUCAAGAAUUUGGGGUCUGGAUGGGUUUGAAGGGUUUAGAUUGUACUUUGUGCACCAGGUACAAAAUACUUUCUUAAUUCUUAGGUUAGGUUUUGUUUGUAGAAACACUCCUGGAGUGUGCCAGCGUAUCUAGGACUCUGUCUGAAAAUCUCACUGUUCAGAGGGGGAUGAACCCUUAUAUACCUUAGGGUGUUUUUUCUUUAAUUCUCAUAAAAAUUCCAAGGUCCUGCAAGCACACAGGGGGAUACAUUAACCCAUUAUUGUGCUGCUGGCAAGACGCUAGGGAAUGUUACAUUGACUACCUAUAGAAAAAGGUUAAAGGAAAUCUGAAAGCAGCCCCCCCCCCACACACACACACACACUAACCUGAAUAUACAGGGCAAUAGUUCAGUUGAUGCCGAUUCAAACACAGUUUACCUGUGCAGCCGCUCUGUUGUAAUCCAUUGAAAAAGAAAAUAUGCAAAUCAGCCUUUCUGCACAAUGGAGGGGUUUAGGGAUGUCCUGAUACCAUUUUUUUUAAGACCGAGUACAAGUACCGAUACUUUAAUUCUAGUACUCGGCGAUACCAAGUACGAGUGCUUAUAUUUUAAAGGGAAUCUGACACCAGGGUGAAGCAGUUUCUGGCGUUGUUUACCGUAUAUGUGGGUUCCUUGUUUUGUACAAUGGAGGCGGCUGCUGUAGUAUGAGCCAAGAUUUCUCUCUUCUCCAUUGGAUAGAACAGGGAAUUUGCUUUGGCGGUGAGCAGCAGUAGAAACCAGGUCACCUGCAUCUACAUAUAUAUUCAAGUUAGUGCAGCUGACUCUGCUGUAAGAUUGCCUCAAAUAGUAGGUAGUAUCCCCUUGUAGGUAGUAUAGAUAGUUGCAGACAUUAGAAGCAGCCCCCCCCUGUAGACCGCAACCCUCCCUUGUAGACAGCACCCCUCUCUUGUCCCCCAUGUAGACAGCGUCUCCCACCCAGCGUCCCCCUUGUAGACAACAGAACCUCCCUUGUAGACAGUGCUCCCUCUUGUCCCCCUUACAGACAGCAGUCCCCCCUUGUAGACAGCAGCCCCCCCCCCCUUGUAUACAGCACUCCCUCUUGUCCCCCUUGUAGACAGCAGCCCCCCCCCC